AUGUACAGCAUCGGAAUGCGAAAGCUGCUGGGCAAGUCGAAUACUGACUUGACAUCUCAUGGGUCGCCCCCUUCGGGAGGACGAGCAGGUCCAGCAGCAACAGCAGCCGCCGGUGGCAUUACCAGCUCUCCUGUCGUUCCCAACUACCGCCCAGCUGUCUCACAGGAUACUGUCUAUGCUGCUGGCGUGCCGAUCGCCUGCCUCGAUAGCUCCCCCGAUGGUCGUUCUGCCAUCUUGGGAGGACGCCAUGUGCUGAAGACAGUCACCGUUGAGGGGCUGACGGUUCGCGAGGGUCUCGACCUGCGAUCUCUCCUUGUUGCCCAGCCUGCACUGCGCAACAAUAAUCCAACGUCGGUUGCUGACCAGCUUUCAGUCAAGGCAGUCAAGUGGGGAGAGGUCGGCGGCAAGCAGGUGCUCUUCACUGCGUGCACCACGGGCAAGGUAUUCAUGUACGACCUCGUCACCGUCGGCUCCUGUGGCGCUGGUGCCCCCGUGGACUGCGUCCAGAUGCGAGAAGACUCACGGCAGGUCAACGCUCUCGACAUCAACCCACACCACAGCACCUGGCUGCUAUCCGGCAGCCAGGACGGCAUAGUUCGCUGCUUCGACGUGCGCCAGCGAACCGAGACCAAGACGGGGGCGACCUUUCGGUCCAAGCAAGCCUUCAAGUGCCACGCUGACGGCGUGCGUCAUGUCCAGUGGAACCCACGCGAUGGCUUCCUCUUUGCCUGCGCCACGGAGCAGGGUAACGUGAUCAAGUGGGACAUGCGCAAGCCGAACGCGCCCAUCUUGCGCAUUAGCGCGCACGAGAAGGCCUGCUCGGCCAUGGCCUGGCACCCCGACGGCGUCCAUCUGGCCAGCGCGGGGCUGGAGAGCCGGUGCUACAUCUGGGACAUGUCCAAGCAGGACAAGCGCCAGAAGCCCAAGUGGACCAUCGCCACGCCGUCGCCGGCCGGCACUCUGGCCUGGCGCCCCGGCCAAUGGUCCGCCACGGCACAGGGCAAGCGCACCUCCCAACUGGCCAUGUCCUACGACGAGAGCGGCCAGAAGCGUUCCGGCAUCAACGUCGUGCACGUUUGGGAUCUUGCCCGUCCUACUAUGCCCUACAAGGAGAUUCAGCGCUUUGAUGCCUCUCCAUGCGCCAUCCUCUGGCACGACCAGUACCUUUUGUGGACGGCAGGUCAGGAUGGCAUCUUCGCCCAGUGCGAUGUGUCCUUCGCUCCCAAAGUCAUUGACCGCCAGGCUGUGUCGACCAUGGCCUUCUCCCCGCGCGGCGACGUCAUGAUGCUUCUCGACGAGCGGGCACCGCCUCCACGGCCCCGGCCACACAUUUUGCACCACGACGCCGCCGUGCCCCCGGCAUCGGUGCCCUCCGUGCCCAGCAUGACCUCUUACAGUUCCAGUCCUACAACCCCGCGCUUCAGUGUCAGUCGCAGCGACUCUGAGGAUGACGCGAUAGGUACCUUCAUCGGGCCUCGUCGCCGCAGCAGCCGACGACGCAGGCCUAGCACCCGCUCCACAACCACACUCAGUACGACACCGCCAGCUGGCCCCAGCAUGGAAGAUGUCAUGUCGCUCGAGCAGACGAUCAAAGCGACGGGUGUCUACAGACCGCAGCAGGCCAUGGCUGUCGGCCAUGUACCCGCAGCUGCCAGUCCUGAAGUGUAUGAGUACCUGUCAGCGAACUACCUUGAAGCCCUGUAUCGGGAUCUUCCAGGUCGUCCCGGCAGUCCUCCACUGCCACAGCGCAUUGCUACGAUCCUGGAUCACUAUGCUCUGGCUGCCACCCAUGUAAGACAGUUCAGGCUAGCCCAAACCUGGCGCAUUAUCGCCUACGCUGUGGAUUUGAUGCUUCAUCGGCGUGCUCAGUAUCACCUGGAGCGUCGGAGGGAUCGCAAUCAAGACUCAAUGAGGCGAAAGAGCUCCGCUAAGCCAAAGUCUCUUGUGGGGUUGUCCGACCAUGACAAUCUUCCGGAGAUGUCCGUUGAGAAGGUUCAGGAUGACCUAGUGGCUUCACGGAAACCAGUGUCCAAUCUGGCUGUGUACGAUCAGUCGCUUCAGUCGAAAUCGGUGCUGCCCUCGGAGCAGGAGAGCACCUCCAACAUGCCUACCCCAAUGGUCCGUCCAGUCCCUAAUGACACCGCUGGUAGCCAGACAGAUGAGGCCGACAGGGAGUCGGCAGCGUCUGUUGUUGGGGAGCCAUCUAGCUUCACUUUGCCUCCUCCGGCAGCAUAUCCCCCACGCCAGCUGCUACGCAGCCGUCUCGACUCGGUGCCGCUGUCUGUCGUUAGUCAUGACAGUGCAGCUACUUACGCGAGCACUGAGGGAUAUGACUUCUACGACACUGAAUUCCUAGUGAAAGCAGCUGAUGAGGCGAGAUCAGCUUCUGAAAACUCUCCAGACAUCAGUCGCAAGCAAAGGCAAGACUCAGAAGUUGGUUCGCAUGCGUGGUCAAUCUCUGACCAGAGCAGACGGCCUACCGGGUUGUCAGAAGUUGAAGAAGGGCAAGCUGCAAGGGCUGCCAUUGUCGCUGAGCUUCAGAAAUCGCAUGCUCAAGAACUGAAGAGUUAUGAGAAAACCAAUCAAUCUCCUGAGAAAACCAAAACAGCGGUCCCGCCCCGGGUUCCCCUGGAACGGACAGAGACAACUAUGACAGGCAUGACAGGCUUCACAAGCUUUACCUCCUAUACCGACGAGCAUCAUCUCAUCAGCCAACCAACCGACCUUUUUGGCUCACCCUAUGCAUCACAAACAGACAUCAACUUACGCGGCUCGUCCAUCCUACAUAGCAUCCCUGAACCGGCAAGCCCUACCCGCCCCGAACACGACAAAUCCCCCUUCGUCAUCGAAACCGACUACCUCUGCUGGUCCGACGACCCUCCGUACCCCUACUCUUCACGUACCUCAUCGUCCUCGUCAGCACUCACUUCCUCCCCCCUCCAUCCCUACACCAUCAUCUCGCGUGCCCUCGCCUUCGAAACCAAAACCUCAGCCCUCAAUGCUUCAGCCAUGAUUCUCCUUCUUAAGCCCCUCCUCCCAGACGACGUCAUCAACAAGCACCAAGCAGCCGCCAUCCUCCGACAACACCAUUCUCGCCUAAUGGGCAUGAAACUCUUUGUCGAAGCAGCCCUGCUCCGCAAGUUGUGCAUGCAAGGUUGGCCCGGCGGUGCGCUAUCCUCCUGGGGGGAUAACUACCCCGCGGUACUUACUCCCGCCCAGCAGGGGGUGCAAGCCAGCUUUCUGUGUACGUCCUGCAACCGGCCACACGAUAUUGAUCGCUCGAACCCGAACCUUUCUCCCGAUGCCCUCUGGAGAUGUGCCCGCUGCCGCUCAGUAAUGGCUCCCUGCGCUGUAUGCGGCCAUCGUGAUACCGCCCCUUCCAUGGCCUCUGCCUCGCCGUUGCCGACACACAUCCCUGCGAAGCACUGGGCAAACCUCACACCCCAGCAACAAACCACCGACGAAAAUGAGCCAAAGUUAACAACAUGGUUCUACUGCCCCAGCUGUUCCCAUGGUGGACACGCGUCCUGUCUCCAAGCAUGGCAUGCCGCACUAGACCCAGAUUUCUCCUCCUCUGAGCCAUACCUCUAUCUGGAAGAUCCGCCCGGCGCUGAAUCAUCUGACGGGUGCUGUCCAGUCGAUGGAUGUGGACACACCUGCCUGCCUUCCCGCUGGAGAAACGGUGAUGCUGUCCUUCUUCGUGGGGAAGAGAUCUCCCGCGUGACGAGGGAAGCCUCACGCGCACUAGCCCGGGGCAGCGCUGUCGCCAGCGAGGUAGGCGCGCCCAGCAGCAGUUGGGUAGGCGGUGGAGCGGGCAGUGUGGUUGGUGACCAAGCAGGCGGGGAUCAUACUGGGGAAAGGAGUGGGGAUAAGGUGAUGCCGAGCGGUGGUGGUUCGGGGGCAGGUACGGGUGCGUUGGUGAGGAGUGAUGUAAAUGAUGUGCCGCAGAGUCGGGCGGUUGAGACAGUGAGGGAGGCGUUGGCGAGUGCUGGGUCGUAUGUGGGGCAGGGGGCUAAGGUUGGAACGAGUAUUUUGAGUUCGAGCCCGGGGAGAAAUGUGAUAUCGGGAGAUAGGGAGAGGAGGAAGAGUGUGAAGUUUGUGGCAGAUGAGAGGAAGUAG